UGGUUCCGCUCCCUCCCUGCACAAACACGGAAGCAGCAUGGCGUCCGGCGGCGGCAGCAGCAGCGGGGAGCUCCCUGACAGGCAAAGAAUCGCACAGCAAAGACUGGGAAUUACAACUGGUCAUGUACCGAGAACGAAUGAGGACGACACCACCGUCGCUGCAGUUGAGUGCAAAGCUCAGGGGAGCCACCCGGAGACGACCAACGAGCAGAAGACGGUGCCCAGGAGGAGGCAAGAGGUCAUGAAGUGGAACGGCUGGGGUUACAGCGAUUCAAGAUUCUUCUUCAACAAAAAGGGCCAGGCAGAAUUUACCGGGAAAAGGUACAGACUGAGUGGCCUGAUCAUUCCUGGCCUGAAAGACUGGAUGGAAGGCACAUUUGGAGCCAGUCUUCAGCACAAAACUUCAGCAACGCCUUUACUGAAUAGCAACGCUGUGCAGCCCCCAAAUAUCAACAAGGCCUUUGUAGAUGAUCUGAAAUCCACAGGCAUCCCCUUGUCUCAGGAUGCAGAGGAUCGGGUAUAUCGCGGCUAUGGCCAUUGCUUACAUGAGAUCUUCGCCCUCCGAGAAGGGAAGUUUGGCCGCGUUCCAGACAUGGUGUUGUGGCCAAACUGUCACGAUGAUGUAGUGAAGAUUGUGGAGCUGGCUUGCAAACACAAUGUUUGUAUAAUACCAUACGGCGGAGGGACGAGCGUCUCCAGUGCCCUGGAGUGUCCUCAGGAGGAAACGCGCUCCAUCGUCUCUCUGGAUACCUCACAGAUGAACCGAAUUCUUUGGAUCGAUGAGAAGAAUCUCACUGCCCAUGUGGAAGCUGGCAUAGUUGGUCAGGAUCUGGAGCGGUUGCUCAAUGAGAGCGGUUACUGCACAGGACACGAGCCUGACUCUAUGGAGUUCAGCACCCUGGGGGGCUGGGUGGCGACCAGAGCAUCUGGCAUGAAGAAGAAUGUCUAUGGAAACAUCGAGGACCUGGUUGUCCACAUCAAGAUGGUGACUCCUCAAGGGGUGAUUGAAAAGAGCUGCCAGGGUCCCCGAAUGUCCACCGGACCAGACGUUCAUCACUUCAUCAUGGGCUCAGAAGGAACCCUCGGUGUGGUUACUGAGGUGACGAUGAAGAUCCGGCCUGUACCGGAGUAUCGGAAAUACGGCUCUGUGGUUUUUCCCAAUUUUGAGAAAGGUGUUGCCUGUCUGAGAGAAGUUGCCAGACAGAGGUGUGCUCCUGCAUCCAUUCGACUGAUGGAUAAUGAGCAGUUUAAAUUUGGUCAUGCACUGAAGCCUCAAGUUUCAUCAAUUUUCACAUCCUUUUUGGACGGCUUGAAGAAAUUCUACAUCACCAAGUUCAAAGGCUUUGACCCGAACCGCCUGUGUGUGGCCACCCUGCUGUUCGAGGGUGACCGUGAGAAGGUCCUGCAGCAUGAGAAGCAAGUUUAUGACAUUGCUGCGAAGUUCGGGGGCCUGGCAGCUGGAGAGGACAAUGGUCAGAGAGGCUACAUGUUGACCUUUGUCAUCGCUUACCUCCGGGAUCUGGGGAUGGACUACUAUGUGAUCGGGGAGUCAUUUGAAACAUCUGUGCCUUGGGACAGGGUUUUGGACAUUUGUCGGAAUGUCAAAGCACGCAUCAUUGGAGAAUGUAAAGCCAAAGGAGUCCAGUUUCCACCUUUGUCCACGUGCAGGGUUACUCAGACGUACGAUGCUGGUGCCUGCGUCUACUUUUAUUUUGCCUUCAACUACAGAGGACUCAGUGAUCCAGUACAUGUGUAUGAACAAGUAGAGCAUGCAGCAAGAGAAGAAAUUCUCGCCAAUGGAGGCAGCCUGUCACAUCACCAUGGAGUGGGGAAACUUCGGAAGGAAUGGAUGCGGGACACCAUCUCCAAUGUCGGGAUCGGGAUGCUCAAGUCCGUCAAGGACUAUGUGGACCCUCAGAACAUCUUCGGCAACAGAAACCUCCUCUAAUUUCUAUUCUAGAGCCGCUCAUGGUAACGCGUGUAACAGUGAUCAUCACAUCCGGUGCCAUCAAAUAAACACUUGAGCUAACAUGCUAAAACUGUUGUGGAUGAAGUGGGACUUUGUCUGCAGGCGAGGCCUAGACACGACAGAACAUCCGUGUAUAUCAUAUUCUAAUAAUCUUUCCUAAGUACCUUUGCCAACGACUUUUUUUACUUUCCUGUGUGUGUUUGUAUGCAGGCACUUCUUUAGCGGUCAUUUCUUGACGAAUGCACUUUCUAAAGCUCUGUGCCUUUUUCUAAAGCUUCCCCCCCCAAACACUCCGCGGUGUUUGUCCCUUUGUGACGCUAAAUUGAUGUGUGAAUGUCCUCCGUGACUUCCUGCCUUCUAUGCCAUAAGUCAACCCUUCGUACGCGUGAGACAUCUCUGAUCCAUAUAUUUUAAUAAGACCAGCCCCUCGAAUUUUCAAUUCAUGUUUUCUACUAAGACUUUCCGCCAUUUGUUACUGAGGAGUUUGAUCAUUCCUGCUUGGGAUCGCGGUGCUCUGCCGUACCAAAGACGCAUCAUGGCGACCUACGUUAGCAUCUGCCCUGUCGUUUAAACAGCCGCACUUUGACCCCUUUGUGGUGUGACUUUGAAUCCGUGUUCUGAUGUUUGAUACCAAAUUUGUUACGUCGAUUAACAGCUGUUUACAAGGGAGUGUAUAAAUAUAUAUACACGAGUGUUGCAUUAACCUGCUUCCACUGGAGUAAAUUAUUCUUUCUCAAAGUUCAAAAUUGAAAAGGUCGACUAAGCCAGUUACUGCCCUUUUGUGUGUCCUCCAUAAGAUAUUGUCACCAUUCAUUUGUCAUAGCUGUCUGUGCAAUAAAUGCU